AUGUUUACGUCUGGCCUGCCUCAGUGGCCUCGCUACCGCGCUCUCCGCGUCAUCGGACAAGGCGGCUUUGGUACCGUGUACCUCUGCGAGGACACGGAGCCAACCAGCGCCAUGUAUGCGCAGUACGUGGCUGUCAAGGCUAUCUCGCUAAGUGCGUUGUCGGACGAAGAGGCGCUGAUGGUGAUGUCGGAGGUGUCCCUGCUGAAGAACAUCGACCACCCGAAUAUAAUAAAAUACCUCGACUCUUUUAUCUACGAUGAAGAGGAGGAGUAUGAAGGGGCGGGUGAGCGCGUCGCCGCAGCGUGGCGCUCGCCGCCGUCGCGCAACGGCGCAGAAGUCGAAGAGAGGCGAGAGAAGAGACAGGCGGCAUCACUGGCUGCUACUGCGCAAUGGUUGUGCUUGGUGACGGAGUACAUGGACGGCGGCGACCUCUCGUCCCUGCUGCGGCAGUACACAAUGCCGGAGAGGCACCGCAUCAAGGACGGCAAGCCCGCACCGUCGCUGUCGGCGUCAGCGGAGGUGAAGAAAGCAGAUCCUUCGCCUUCUUCGCCGCCCUCCUCCCCUUUGUUGGAGGGACCUUAUAGCGCGGAGGUGUUACCGUGGGACCGCGCGAGUAGUAGUAGUGGUGGUGGUGGUAGUGACACGGCGGCGACGGAUAUAUCCUUGAAGCCUCUCCAUAAAAAACCCCCUGCCCUCACACCCGCGAAGGAAGCUGCGCCGGCGGCGGCGACAGCAGUAGCAGCGGCAGGGGUGACCGCUGAGGUGGCUCGGGCUCGACAGCACAAACGUCAUCGAUCCACAGACGUAAACGAGGCGGGCAGCAAGGCUACCAAGAAGGGGGAAUCGAUCGACGGAAGAUGGACGGGUGGUGGCGAAGGGGGCACGUAUGACUGGGAGCGGCUGAGCAGCCAGCAUCGCCGCCGACUCGCGUCAACACUGCGCGUAGCGGAGCACUCAUUUUCGUUGCAGUUUGGAGGGUCUUCCGCGUACGGCGACUCGUCCCCUGUGCCCACAGCCGCGAAGACAAAUGCAAUGAUGAUGGACGAGAGCAGCGACGAUGUAGGAAGAAAGGCUGCGCUAGAAACCUGGAUCUCGGACACCUCUGCCGCAGAGAUGCCCUCCACUCCGCUUGGCGCUACGGCAGUUGAGGAACUCACACCAUUCAGCAAAGCAGAUCCUUUGCAGACCUCACCCAUCACCACGCUGAUGGAGGAACAGGAAGCUGCUGCUGUUCUGCAUGACACGUCACCUUCGUCUCGACUGGACGCUCAGCUGCCGUCGGACCCGAAUCAGCUGUGGGUCGAGUCUUUCCUCAUCACCGACAUCGCAAAGCAGUGCCUCGACGCACUGGCCUACCUCCACGCCCUGGGCAUCAUCCACCGCGACAUCAAGCCCUCCAACAUCUACCUCUCCAAGCGGGACGGCACGGUGAAGGUUGGCGACUUCGGCGUGUCGAAGCUGCUGCAGCCGUCUGCUCCAUUUACGACUACCUUCGUCGGGACGCCGUUCUACCUGUGCCCGGAGCUGUGCAUGGGCGACCCGUACUCCUUCGGGGCGGAUGUGUGGGCCCUCGGCGUGCUGCUCUACGAACUCUACUGCCUGAAGCUGCCCUUCGCCGCGGACAACGUCCUCGGUCAGAUUUACGUGAUCACCGAAGGCCGGUACGACACGGCGGCCCUGCGCUGCCCGCACGCCUUCGCCGCGACGCAGCGGGCCGUGUUGGAGGACCUCUACGGGCCGUCGUUUGCGCAGUCCGAGGUGCUCCUGCACGGGCUUGUGGUGGAGAUGGUGGAGAAGAUGCUGUCCGUCGACCCGGCGCAGCGGCCGUCUGCGGAGACCCUUCUAACGCAGAUGUUCGGCGGCGCGCCGCUGCGUCUCGGCUCCAGCGCCGGCACCUCCGCCGCCCCCACCCCCAUUCAUCGUCCGCCAUCCGCCGGCCUGCUUCCUUUCUACGAUGCACCGAACGCAGAGGGCGCGGAGACGGCGUCGAUGGCGGCAAACGGACAUCAUCACAGCAGCAGCAGCGGCAAAGCUGCCGGUGCGGCUCCCGCAGUUGCACAAGCGGGCCGCCUUGGUCCGCUGGCGACGGCCCAGCACGCACGAUGGGCCGGCAGUCUUUUCCAAGCCGCCUCUGCCGCUCUCCCGCACGGCACUCCGGCACUGGAGGUGAGCUUCUCAAAGGAGUCCAGCCCCGCCCCGCCGUCACGACUGUGGAGUCCUCCUCAGUCUACAUCACCCCACAGCAACAACACGAACAGGAACGGCGCGGAUGACGCGUCAAAGGAGCCGCUGGCCAUGAAGGUGAAGCUGAACAUGCUCGACCUUCUGCAGGAGAUGCCGAACGCGCAGCGGGAGCGGCUGGAGAGCUGCGCUGCCGAGGAAGACGCCUACGACGCCCAGCGGCUGCGGAAUGUGACGGCCCUUUCGCCGCUUGCGGCAGCGAAGCCUUCGACCGCUCCUACGAAAGCGCAGGCGACGAGGGCAGCAGAGCAGCGGCGGUUGUCUGCCUGCGGCAGCUUUGCAGACUUCACCCAGUUGCAGCUGCUGCCCCCGCUGUUCCUGCCCUCCGACCAGCUCUACGGCAGCGACAGCGCAAACGAAACACAGCAGCAGCAGCAGACAGACAACGGCAACGCCGAUGUCAUGAUGCGAACAGCUUCUGCACUGGAGAGUGAGGACGGCGUUGCGGCAGCCACCGCGCUUGCCCUCGCGUCGUUGUCGAGCGCAGGGGCGGCGGACUCGCUGGAUCGCCUGAUCGGGGCCGACACCCGCGAGGCGUUGAACGCCUUCCUCGACGAGGUACCAUGGCUGCAAAACGCAGAUGUGUUCUCUGCCAUUCCUCUCUCCGCCGGCUCGGACGAUGUGAUGCUCGUGGCCCGCGGUGGCCAUCAUCGCGACAGUAACACCAGCAAUGUGUUGGAUGCGAUGAAGCUGAAUGAAAGGAAAGGGGAGGCGAAGGUGUUUGGUGGCAGUAUGCGCUCGACAAGCUUUUCCUCAAACGACAGACAGCAGGAGCAGCAGCAGCAACAGCAGCAAGGCUCGGAGCCGCAGCACGUGGAUGGAGGGGUCACACGCUCGCCUGCGCCCGCCAUACGCUACGCCGGCAGCGUUUCGCGCAGUAACUCCAACAUCGCGGUCGUGGCCAUGCCGCAGAGCAGUCCGCAGCGGCAGCGCACGAGCAUCACCCGGGCACUACACGCGGAUACGUCUCCGAAUGAGCAGCAGAGGCAGCCCACGCCGGACAAGAACAACGCCGCCGACGAUGAAAGGCGCGCAGAAGAGCAGCGUCGAAUCUCGCACGGCUUUACCGCCGUCGGCUCUGAUGCCGUUGGAUCGCCGGUGACCACCUCCACUGGGCACGCAGUCCCCAUCGUGUCUCCAGGACUGAGCAGCCCACUUCACGAUGAAGCCGCUUCUCGGCGUCAGCGUGUGUCCACGACAGCCGUGGCGGCCACAACGAAGGACAGCGCGGGCGUGAGCAGCAGCAAAGACGAUAACAACAGCAGCGGCAGCAUCGGCAAUCAAACCAAUGGUGCGGGUAACCACCACGAACGAGCAAGGGAGGACGGGGAGGAGGAGGAGACACCGGCGGUGGUGACGGUGGUCACCACACACGGCGGCAGCGGAGUGCUGCGGUCUCGUCUAUCGUCGACGCAGCUGCAUCGCGAGGGCGGCGCUGCGGAGUCUCGUAUUCGCCCUGUCAGCGCUGCGAAGCGCGACAGCGAGCAUGACGUGGCCACGGGGACCAGCGACUUGAGGAACAGGGCUUCCUUCGUGCAGGAGGUAACGAAGAAGGAGCGUGACGGAUCUGCGGAAGCGGAUGACGGACUCGCACGCGGCGACCUCCGCAAACAAGGAGGACGGCAGGACGUUCCCGUGGCGCCGCUGUCGGCCGGCCUCACCGCUUCUCCCACUCUGGCGGGAAAGCCGCCGCCGCCAACGCCCAAGGCAAACACGGCGGGCCGGUGCGAGGGAUACUCCACCAAUGAGUUGGAGCGUCUGCUUCGGGCUAAGUUGCAGGCGCACUACAAAAAGAGACAGCAGGAGCUGCGCGCACGGCGGGCGGAGCUGGCGGCGCAGGAGGCCGCACGAGCCAGGAUGCGUGAAAAGCUCGACGCGCUCUUCACCUCCGCUUUUCUCGCGCGGACGGAGAGCUCCUCGCCUGAUACCGUCCGCGACACCGCCAGCUAUCACUCGACGCGCACCAACGACACGAUGCUGAGUGCGGGGGAGGGGGAGGAGACCACGGCGAGUGAGAGGCCGCUGACACUAGCCCGUAAAGCGACACUCCCCCCGGUACCCAGCACGUCGUCCACUUCGUCUUCCAAUGCACAGCUUUCAGCUUCUCCCGCGUCCCCGGAACCAACCUCCGCCCGGCGGCCUUCGCCCACAGCAACGGCGACUGAAGCCAACUCGUCACCGUUAGCUCCUAGCAGUCCAGAUGUGUUCCUGUUAGACCAAACAGCGCGGCAGGCCACGAAGGAGGAGGAGGUGCUACGUGCACUGUCUGCGCGUCACUUCUCGGAGAAUGCGAUGACGUCUACCACAGCACCAGGGCCCCGCCUGCACACGAGCAGCGGACCGGCAGCAGAUGCAGCGUCCACGAGUGCGCUGACAGAUGACGCACCGGCGGCCAAUGAGUCGAAGUCAUCUAUCAACGCCACAAACAGCAAGGAUGACACGCACGCUAGCAGCAACCACCACAUCCACCACCAAGGCACAGCGGCGCCGGAUUUUCUGAUGGAGACACCCGCGGUGCGGCAGCUGCGGCAAGCGGCCACGCUAGCGGCGGCGGUGGAGCGGCAGAAGACGGACUUCCGCAAAGGCAACGAGCCACCAGCGCGCAUCCAGGUCGCGCCGGUGUGGCGCCCCCCGCACAAGUCGAAAGACGUACCGGGUCUGUGGGAGACGUCGUCUGCCGAGGCGGAGGAGGCGGAGCCGGACGCGCGCGGGCGACCGGGGCGGCCAGCACCGGCGCAUGUGCGGACGGAGCUGCGGUGGCGCUGGAGUGCACCACCCAGUGCUGCGGAAAGUGAAGGAGAUGACGAAGAAGAGGAGGAGGAAGCACCGGAGACGGCCACCUCACCGGAGCCGUCAUCGUCGGCGUCAUCGUCGGCGUCAUCGUCGCCGCCCGCGUCGCAGAAGAUGUUGUUGAGCGCCAGUGCGGGAGGCAAAGACAGCGCGUUGCUUGCGCGACGAAUAAAGGCAUCUGUUAGUCCUCCCCGCGCGGAGAAGGAUGCCGAUGCUGUGGAGCGUGCGGGAGACUGGAAGGAGACGAGUGAAGACAGCGAGGCGAAGACGAUGUACCGCGAGGAACACGAAACGAAAUCGAACGACAGCGGGGAGGAAGAGUCAGAGGACACCGACUCGCAGCAGCAGUCGUCUCUCCUCGGCUCCCCUGCAGAACUGCACGUUGAUGACGGCGUGCAGGACGACUUCCCCUCGCGGCCGACACUUAAAGGCAGUGUACAUCGCAGCAGCACGACCGGCGAGGGCAUUCCUGUUUCACAAGGCAGCAGCAGCAGCAGCAGCAGUAGUAGUAGCACCAGUAGCAGCAGUCGGAGUAUCAGCGUGGGUCCGCCACACGCGCAACACCCCUCCAAGUCACAGCAGCAUCAACGACGUGCAGCGCGCACAAGGAACGGCCAAAAGAAGAGAAGGGAAAGCAGCACCGCUCCUUCCUCCGAAACGUCGAGCUCCUCCUCUCCCAGAAGCUCCAGUAGCAGCAGCAGCAGCGACAGCAGUGAAGAGGGGGAAGAGGAGGAAGAGGAGGACUUGUCGUACGCCUACACCGUGCAGAUAGACGCCGAGACGGGCUGUCGCUUCUUCGAGUACGUCUGCCCCAUCACCGUCGAGCUCGUCGGUGAGUUGCCGGCAGCGUGUCGGGUGGCGACGCCGACGCAGAUGAUGGUGGCGACGGAGCAGCUGCUGUUGCUGCCACCACCGCCUUGUUCUUCAUCGCCGAGCGGGGCGAAGUACACGCCGGCCGUCCACCCGACAGGCGUCUCGGAUUUCACGCUGACGUCGCCAUCGCCACCGCCUCGCGAGGUGGCUGUAGCCGCUCCCUCACCGAAGUUGGAAGACGAGCGCGUCCCGCUCAAGGUCGAGGAGAAACAAUUGCAGCCGUGUUCUUCACCUUCGGUCGUAACGGUAGCUGCGAUCGCCGCGGUCACCGCCGCCUCCGCACCAGCAGGAGCAGAAGGAGGAGCCGCUCACCUCAACAUCAGGAACAACGGCGAGGAUGGCUCCAGCGGUAGUCUCGAAAGCAGCGGCAGGUCGUCGUGGUUUGAGGAGUCCUCGCUGUUGUUGCCGAGUAAGCCGGCAAUACCGACUCUGCACGUUACACAGACAACGGAUGCGGUGGCGAUGCUGACUACUGAUACACCAACGGCGGUGGCCAACGCAUCACAGAUGAAGAGGGAAGUGGACAGGUCUGCUGCUGCUGCGGCGGCGACAACGACAGAAAACAGAAGAGAGAAGAACAAGCCCGCGUCAUCACCGCCUUCCUUCUCUGCGCGGGUGGCCCCGCCGCCUUUGUCGGUUAUUCGUGCUCCUGCCGCACCUCCGAAACGCGCCUCUUUCGACGCUGGUGAGGCCGCGCGUGAAGCACAGAAAACAGAGGAGAAAGAAAGGUUUGUUGAAGAGGAGAACGGCGGCAACGGCGACCCGCCGUCGUCGUCGCAGCGUCGACCGAAUUCGCUGAUCGUUGUCGGCACAAAAGUCCCUCCGACGGCGCAGCAGCCGGCGCCGCCUGCACGACAACGAACCGCCUCCGUAGGCGAGGCCCAGAAAUCAACGACGCCGCUCAGUAAGGCGGAGGCGGGGUUGAAGGGGUCGCGCCGGUCUUACCGCAAAUCUACCGUGAAGCCGCCUACGGGCAAAACGGGUCUCAGCGCAACGCUGGACGGCGCCGCAUGGCGUAUUCGCGUGCCGCCACUUCCAUCUCUGGCUUCUACAUCGAACGACAAGGGUGUGUCUUCGACUGCUGCCGCAGCUUCUGCGUCUUGUCAGUACAUACACCUUCCUCUUUCACUCGCCCUGCGGCCCGUACGUGCCCGCACGCGUUUUGUGGGCCUUCUGUGGCGUCUAUGGAUGGCCACGCAGCUGGUCGACCCCGCGCUGCGGCGCGUCGUCCUGGGCGGUGACCGCUGCAGCGGCGCGAGCAGCAGCUGCACCUUUGCCGAAGCCUUUGGGGACUGGGCGAAGCCGGUCCGCGCGGAAGACCGCACAUCUGCGACGGCGUCGUUCUCCGGCACCACUAACGCAUCGGUCACCGUCAGUGCGGAAGUGUCGGGCUUGACAAGCGGGUCCGUGACAGCGGCUGCCUCUACACUGCAGAUGAACGCUACGCAGCACGGCGGCAGCGACACGCUGGGGCUGCUACCGCCCUCCGCCGCUGCGUCUCCGAGCAUGUCGGUGGACGUGGCAGGCGUGGCAGAGGCACAACGUUUGACGGCCGCCGCUCCCUCUUCACCGCGGAGGGGUAGGUGGAGCUUGUACUACGUGGAGCCACACCUCAGUGUGGCGAUGCGACUGCAGACGGACGAUGACUGGGCGGUGGUGCGGCACAAGGUGCAGGAGAUGGGUCAGCUCUUGCCUUUUAUUCGCCUGUAUUUGGUGCUGCACGACGCGGAGUUUACUUCCGCCAAAUAA